CAUGCACGUCCGGAUAGAAGCGUUGAACAACCAUGUCCGAAUGACAGUUUCGAGUGCUUGAGAUUAAUCUACGAAGACGUAAUAAUCGAAGAUGUAAAUACAGGAGAAUCGUCGAGGAGUGUAAAACGUUCGUGAAAUGUCAGCGUGAGUCAAUCUCGGCACCUGGAAACGUAGCGGCGGACCGUCACCUCGCGAUUUAGCGCGCCGGUAUGCUCCUACGUCGUCCGCCGGACUGAACUUCCUGGUACGUGAAUCAGGAUCGCCGGAAGCCGACCUCGUGCGGCGAGGAUGAGCGCCAAGAUAUCGGCGGCUGGCUGCGACGGCGCGGCACAGUCAAUUGUGAACCAUCGUGCCGCGAGAGCGUCGUCGUCCGUCAAGAGAUCGCUGUCGCCUGAGGCCACUGGCAUCACAGAGAGAUCGCCCAAGCGUGUGGCUGUUUCGGAGCUGAAAUCAUUUUCGGACGGAAUUUCUGGCCGAUUGUCACCCAGAGAACUUAGCGAGAUGCCAGUUCUGACGAGAGUCUGUUCUCCUGCGACAUUGCCGAGGCUCAAGAAAUUUCGAUUUCGACCCAUCGAUGCGUCGACCGCAGGACCGUGCCACGACGUGAGCAUCACCGACGUGAACUCCAACCAUCAUCAUCACCAUCAUCAUCAUCCCGAACACAACCAGCACGACCAUCGGCCUCAAGACCGAAUUCCAUCGUCCUCCUCGAUGUCUACCUUGCUAUGCUGCGAGCCAGUAUCGGCUGGUCGGCCUCGGGCCAAUCUGAAACUCGUGCUGAAUCGCAGCCUGAGCGAGCCAGGACCGAGUCCUUGUGCCUUCCCAGCAUCGUCAACCGCUUCACCGAUCGGAACCUCCGUCGUUAAUAACAAUAGCAAUCCCACUGUACCCUCGAUUAUUAUCGACGAAGAAACGAACGGUGACGAUAACAACGACGACGUCCACCGCCGUGGCUUCCAUCACCUCCACUAUCAUCAUCAUCAUCAUCAUCACCAUCUCCAUCACCUUCACCAUCAUCAGCACUUGUCGAUAACUACGAAGCGUUGCAAACUGGAGACCGCUAGUCUGCCCAACAGUCCCUGCGGGGAAAACGGCACCCUUCAUCGUCAGCUGGUGUUGAGCAAGACCCGCGUCGUCACUUCCGACGAUCUCGCUCAGCGUCUCGCGCGUCUCGAUCGACCCUCCGCCGUUCCGCCGGUGAUUCUGGACUGCAGACCGUUCAUAUUAUAUAAUGUCAAUCAUAUACGCGGCGCAAUCAACGUUAACUGCUCGGAUCGUUUCAACCGACGCAGACUCCAACUGGGGAAAGCUACUCUCGCCGAUCUCGCAACUGCUCGCGAGGGCAAAGAGCUGCUCAGGAGGAGACAGUUUAAGGAAGUUAUAGUGUACGAUGACUGCACCGAUGACCUGGAGCAUUUGCCCGUUCAACAUCCAUUGUUUUUGGUACUCGCCGCCCUUGUGGAUGACGAUCGGGAACCUGCUCUGCUAAUCGGUGGACAUAGGGAGUUCCACAGGCGGCAUCGAGAACUAUGCGAAGACACGCUUCUGCCGAACGGCACCGCCAUCGAUACCUCGACAACUACGACGGUGAGCGGUUGCACGAGUCCCGGACCGGGUUGUCCCGUGCUAAGCGUCUCCGGUCCACCCACCCCGCAGCCAGCCGACAUCGACAACCACCCGGCAUCCCGCGUGUUACCGUUCCUUUAUCUCGGUAACGGUCGAGACGCCGCCGAUCUGCAGCUACUGCGCGCCCUCGGAGCUACCCGAGUGCUAAACGUCACCUCACAAUUGCCCGGCUACCACGAGGAACGGGGUAUCACAUACAGGCAGAUACCCGCCUCGGACUCUGGUCAUCAGAACCUGAAGCAAUACUUUGAGGAGGCGUUCGAUUUUAUCGAGGAAGCGCGGAAAGCCGGAAGUAGCGUGUUGGUACACUGUCAAGCCGGCGUGUCGCGCAGCGCGACGAUUGCAAUCGCCUACAUAAUGCGGCACAAGGGCCUGUCGAUGGUGGAGGCGUACAAGCUGGUGAAGAACGCGCGUCCGAUUAUCAGUCCAAACCUGAAUUUCAUGGGUCAGCUGUUGGAACUUGAACAGGGUCUGCGGGCGUCCGGCGACGUCGUCAAUUCUGCGCCAGAAGACCCCGCGACAACGACGACGGCGACGGCGACAACGACGACAACGACGAGUAGCUGUCAUCAGUGCAGGUGGAGUCAUCAGCCUAAUAAUGAAGAGGUGGUCACAUCCGGUUGUAGCGUUUGAGACCGGGACCUUCUCUCGUAUCUUCUUUUCUUUCGAUCCUUUUCGAGAAUAUCGAUCGAAUCGUCGACGCUAACAUCGGAGCGUCGCAAACGCGCGGUACACAUAUCCCGAGAUAUCAUCGAGAGCGAAUGUCGACGUUCUUCCUGUGCCUCUUCGUGACAAACCCAGAUGAUUAAUAGUUCCCGGGAUUGGAUGGUCAAUCGUUUAAAGAUACCAAUCGCGACUAUAAAAAGGAUUGUGCGACAAUGAAGCCUUCGAUCGUUUUUGAAAUUAUGGAGAUUUUGGUUUUUCAAUCUUCGCAUUUUUCAAUAUUUGAAUUAUCGUAUUUUUUAUCCAAGGCUUUUUGGCCUAGAAAAUAUUCGCCCUUCGAAUCUUUAGUUUUUAGAAUGAAGAUAUUCUUAGAUUCCGUGCCUUCGGAACGAUCAUCCAGUUAAAAGGUAAGCUGCCAAUCUGACAGAUCAACUUAUUAAGAGACUUGAAGGAAAUGUAUGAAGAAGGUAUGUCACACUCUUAUGACAAAUAAUUUAUUUCUGUAAAUAGAUGCGCAUUAUUCUCCAUGUAUUGAAAUACCACAUCCCGUAUCACAUAUUAAAAUUAGUCCAUACACUCCAUAUGCGACAAUAAAUCACUUUGACAUGAGUCGAGCAGCUUUAGCUGGAUAAGCUUGUUACGAAUGUGACAUACCUUCUCUUCACGCUUGUAUCUAAGGAAUAUUAUAGAAAGGGAUUUUCUACUUCGGAGAGGCGCAAAAUGGCAAGGAGCGUAUUCUGUAUCAGAGGAAUCUGAGCACGCUCUCUUUUAACUUCGAUAACGAACAGCAACGCGUCGCGAUUAUUUAUUUUCAGAUAAUGUUUAAUCGCGGUAAAAAUUACUUGUACUUACGAUAUACAGUGUUCCCUAAUACGCCUGGUCGAGUCAAUAGAGAGGCAAGCAAAACAUGCGGAGUGCUCGUUAACGAGCUUCUCGUUAAAUAAGCGGUCAAGUGUUGUCGUCCGGCAUUGUUUAUGCAAGAGGAAGCGAGGGAGGAGGAUACGAUGUUGACGGAAGUGACUGUUUAAAUGACUAAUUAGGCAGCUUGCAAUGUCGAGGAAAACUCGGGACUAAAUGUUAACAAAUAAAUGUUACUUUUAAAAAGACUAAGGAAUAAUAUUGAUCAUUAGGUCCAUGAUUAUUGUAUCAAUUGAAAUAUAAUUUAACGUUAAACACAAUACAUUUUGGUAUGAGUUAGUAUAAAAAAACAGCAAUAUAUAAUAUAAUGUAUUUUUUAUCCGUACAUUGGUUUUGCGACAUCCUGCUUAAAACAGUUUAAAGAUACAAGAUACAUUAACUCGUAUAAAACGUAAGUUUAAAUCAAUGUAACACGAAGUCACAAGAAGUAAAUGAAUCAAGAUUUAUUAAAUCCUAUAUUCGUUAAUUUUUCUAGCAAACAUAAUGCGAUAUCAACUUACAAUAGGUAAAAAUCGCACGCUUGCCUCUCAAUUGACUUUCUUCAUAUCAGCCAUGAACUUUCACUAGAAAAAUUAUUCUUAGCGUGGAGAAGAUAAUGUCUAAUCAACAUGUACGGGGUGUCACGAGAAAAAGAUGAGAUUCUAGUUUUUAGAUUAAUAAAGUUACUUUUGCAACGAUGGUGUGUCAUCUUAAAUAUUUUUCAUUUUAAUUACUGUUUUUGUGCUAUACAAUUUUUUUUUUUUUUUAAGUUAAUGUGGGAAUAGUAACAAUAAAGACAACUUAAUUAAUUUUCAAUGUUAACUGUGGAAUAGGUAAAUAUUAAACGUGAUGGUACGAUUGCAUUUUCGUAGAAAUUUAAUUUACCAAUAUUUCGACGUAAAACCGAUAUUACGUAUUCUUAUAAUAUUAUAAUUAUUUUAGUUCACGUUUUAUUUCAAAUAUAGACAAAUAAAUAAUUAAUUAUUUCAUGUUAUUUUCAAAAUAUUGUCUUUGGAAUUAAAUAUAUUUAAUAAACAAUGAAAUAUAUUAUAUAAAUAAAGAAGAAAAAUUUUCUUUGAAGAUGUAAUUCUCUAUUACUGCUACAACAUCGUCCAUAAAUAUUUGCUUACAUUAUAUUGCAAUAAUAUAAUAGCAGUCUUGCAAAUCGCAGUACAAUAUUGCAAAGAUAUUUUAGAGACAUAUGAAAUUGCAAAAUCUUAACAAGAUUGCAGCAACAUUAUGCGAUGUAACUGCAAUAUUUAUACAAUCAUUGAAUGUAGCAAUUUUUUUAAUACUGGAUGGAUUUUUUUUGUAUUUCUCAAAGACAUGAUGAUAAGGAUUUCAAAUAGAAAAUGAGACCCAAUAAAUAAACACAAUUAAUUAAAAAGAAAAAUCAUCCUCCACCCAACCCCCCUCUAAAAUCCUGAAAUAAUAUUAUCCAGAAUAUAAAGGAAGUUGCUAUUCUGUGAAUAAACGGGUACUUAUAUGAGCGAUAUAGUAUGUAUAUUUUUCUCGAGGCACCCUUACAUCAAGAUCAAGUAAAACGGAAUGUUAAUUUAAUGGCGAGUCUCUAUGGAAGGAAAAAACUGUUCAUUAAAUAAAAUAAAAAUGAUUGUUAAUAAUUUAAGUUAAUAUAUCAAGGCAAAUGAAAAAGUGAUAGUGAGAGAAAAAGAAAGAAAGAGAGCGCGUAAAUGACGAGAAAGAAAACAAAGAUAUAAUAAAAUGGAUCGAUUGAGACCAUUAAUCGAGAGCGGAAAUUCGCCUGUUUUGCGUCUAUAUUUCGAUUGCAACACGGUUAAUAUUUGAUAAAAAAAUAUAUAAUAAUAUAUCGUUCACUGAAAAUAGCUUAGUUCGUUAAGCUCCCUUAGCAUUUAAGGAUCUGGUUGAGAUCCAACCAUCGUGAUCUAGUCGUUUGUUGGGAUGAUGAUACGUACGAUGUAAAUGAAACGAGAUAUGAAGAUGCUCUGUAAUCUACAGAACAGUGUAAUGGUCAGAAAUGUAAAACCAUAUAAUUAUUAGAUAAGAUACAAAGAGAUGAUGGAAGAAAAAAAAAAUGGCGCGCUGAACUUUCCGACUUAUUCCUAAAAAGGAAUAGUGAAUUUCAAGGAAAUAAAUUUACUGUGCCAUGUAACAGCACAAUCUCGCGGUUCGAGCAAUGAAAAAAAAUCAUAACGUCGCAAAGGCGCCUUGUUAACGACUUAAUUAUAUUACCGACAAUAACUUUUCGUGGAGAAGCUACCGUGAAUCGCGAGAGGAGAGUUGCGAACGACGGGGAAUAGAGGGAGAAAGAACCAAGUUCCUUAUAGAAUUUUCGUCGAAGAAUCGUCUACGAAUUCUCGAUUAAUUAAACAAUUUUCAAAGAACGGUACAUAUCAGUGAAGCGUUGCCUUGCGAUAAACGACGAGAGAACUGAUAAAUAGUCGUAGAGGCGUACGAUAUAGACAAUUAAACGAUUUAAACAAUUAGUUACCUUGCCAGCGAUCGGGAGUGGAGAAAAAAAAAAUGGGAGCGGGUUGAUAGAAAUGUAGAGUACCUGUUGCAUCACACAAAAUUUGUACGUAUUUUAUCGAGACAUUGGCAAUAGCUAAUACAACGACUUGCGAUAAAUCAUGGCAUUUUUCAUUAAUCAAACGAUAAUCUAAACGGCCAGAAUUAACCAGCCAGUUUACUUUUAAAUUUUUGAAAUAUGCUUUAUUCUUUGUGCGACUUGUAGUGAAGAAUAAAAAUCGGAUUUUUAAUGAAAGAAAAAUAAUCCCAUUGCGCGAUACAUUUUCGCUUAACUUAUUCCAUUAUCUGUUUAGGAAGCUUAAACAAUAUAAUUUUUUUGAGUCGCGAGUUCUUCAUGUCGAUUCGAUUCAACUUCCAGUGUAUGUUCUACACAUCCAAUUUCAUAUUACAUAUAUCUUAAUUUAUAUUAUUUUAUUAAAAAUUAAUUUUUUUCAAUACAAUUGACAUUUUUUAAUAUUAAUUGUUAAUUGAAGUUGUAUAUAGUCUUUUCCAAACAAUUUUUACUCUUACUCUUAAAAAUUGCAGUUUAUUCUUGAAAAUUAUCAUUUAAUAUCAGUCCCAAAAAUAGUCUUUUACGAUUAGAUAAUAAUACGCUCGCAUGUGUAAGAAAUCAAAUUGGCUAUUAUUUAUUGCACGUCGUCGUAUCUUUUUAUUGUUAACGUGUGUGCGUGCGUGCGAAGGGUAUCGCUUGCCCUUUCGAGAUGUCUCUUUGCGCUUUUUAGAGAUAUCUUCUUACGAAUUAAUUAAUCGAUAUAUCUUUCUUUAAACACGACAUAAAAUAUUUUAACAAAGUUUUAUACAACGUUUUGGAAAAUUACACGUCGUAAAACUUUACGAAUCGAAUUUCCGCGGCUUUAUCAGCGGAAUAAGUUGCGACAAUGAGACAAAUCUUGGCAGAAUCAAAGCGUACAUUUCGAAAAAAUAAGAGCAAAGGGCAAACAUAUGAAAAAGCCAGGAAGGAUUUUGGAGGAGACAAAGAGACCCCAAAUGUAUGAUCGGAUCCCAACGAUUUGUAAUGUACAGCUACGUAGCGAUUAGGAAAUAUUAGCGUAAAGAUGUAACUAUAUUGCGUAUGUGCGUGCAAGUAUUGUAUUAUAUUAAAAAAAUUUAUUUAGUUAUUUUAUGAAUAAAAAUGCAAACACA